GCAACCGCUUCGAGCUUCCCUCCUUCACAGUGCAACAACACCACAAAACCCCUUUGUUUCUGCCACCCCUCCUUUCUUCUUCCUAAUCCCCUUUCUCGAAUUACACAUCUUAAGUAUUUGCACACAGGGAAAGAUACCAUAGCCUGUGGAAUAUGACAAGCCCUGCUACGUAUGUACCCCCGCCGUAUCGACCUUGCGCCAUUCGCGAUGAGACACUCAGCUGACCGUAUGUAGUCCUGGGCAGGAAGGCCCCUCGUAUGCUCCCCCUUCUCUCCCCGAAGGCUGGAUUCCGCAAUGGGAUGCCAACUCUAAGAAAUAUUACUUCGUUCAGAUCUCAACUGGCGCUUCUCAGUAUGUCGAACACUUCUUCAUCCGCCGCCCCAUGUCCAAGGCUGCAUUGUUCCAGGUCCCUUACAGCAAACGGGAACAUUGUGGAAUUACUUCAUAAUUGCUUUAAUGGUUGGAAACUGUACUAACUUUCUUCGCAGAUGGGAAGUCCCCACGCACGCAGCCCCAACGGGUCCUACACCUCAAGCAACGCCCCAAGGGACGGAACACCCAUACGGUCAACCAGGUCAGCAACAGGACUUGGACAUCGUCACAAACCAAGAUGGGAGCCAGUCUAUCAGACACCGCGAUGGAACUCUCGAGCCAUACUCCGGCGAUAGAAGCUUGACUGGAAACAUUGGAAACUUCGCUAUGAAUCAGCUUAUGGGCGGCAAGAAGAAGCAGAGCGGAGGAAGCAGUGGUCUUGCUGGAAUGGCGAGCUCUUUUCUUGGAGGCGGAUCCAGCCAUGGCGGGCAUGGCAGCUCGAGCAGUGGUGCUGGUGGCAUUGUGGGCGCUCUUGCAGGAAGCUUGUUGAGUGGAGGAAAGAAGACCCAUAACAGCAGCCAGAACACCAACUAUUCGGGCUCGAGUGGUCAGCAACAUGGCUCUGGCGGUGGAUUGAUGGGACAAAUCGGAGGCAUGUUUGGUGGAGGUGGACAUCAGGCUUCGCAGGGAACCAACUACGGAUACAGCAAUAACAGCUCAUCUCAAGGAGGAUAUAGUGGUCAAGCACCACCAACAUCCUACCAGCCAGGUGGUACAUCUGGUUCUACCCCCAGCUACGGCCAAAAUCAGCCUCAGCAUCAGCCUCAGCAUCAACAACAAAGCCACGAUCAAUACGGUCAAAGCCAACCUCAACAUCAGUCCCAGCCUCCCCAAUCUUAUAACUCUCCACAGCCAUCCUACGGCCAAGCUCCACCACCCGCUCACCAGCAGUACGGUUCUCCCAACCCACAACAGAACCAACAGCCACCAUAUGGCGGUCUUCAACACCAAAACUCCUAUGGUCAAGGCCACCCUCCACCACAACAACCACCACCACAGCAACAACAACAACAGUAUCCUCCCCCACCUCCAGGAGCUUACCCAGGACCCCCAUCUUACGGAGGACCUCCCCCACAACAACACACUGGAAAUCUCCCUCAACCAGAAGGACACCAUCAUUUUGGUGGCUCUCACACAGGUGGGCUCUACGGCAACUCAGGCGGCAGCGCUCCCCCUCCACCCAUGGGAACACACCCCAAUCAAGGCGGCUAUGGCGGUGGAUAUAACGCCAACCCGCGAUACUAAGGCAUGGAAUGGUAUUUCUUAAUGUGGCGAGGGGAAAACAGGUGGAUGGUUUACUUGGAAGCUUUUGCGAGGGAUUUCGAUAUAGGUUGCAUGGACUUCUCGCUCGCUUAGAUCAGUUCGAUAUCCGCAUUGUGGUUCAGGAUAGGCACUGUUUGCUGUAAUUCUUAUAGAGAAUAUCUCA